CGGGUCUUUUGUCAGGAGUACGUUUUAACGUGGCGGCAAAUUCACCGUUCACGGUUAGUAGGUUUCGGGUUAUAUUGUGUUUUCGUUUCCUGAAGUUAGUGAUUAGAAAAUUUUCAAAUUUAUUCUGAUGCCUAGCAAAUUUUCAGUUUUCACGUAUGUCGUUAGGGGGUUGAGUUCUCAUUGGAACCAUGUUAAACUUGGACCUCCAGAUGCAAUUUUGGGGAUUACCGAGGCAUAUAAUCGUGAUACCAAUCCUCAGAAGAUUAAUCUGGGGGCUGGUGCCUAUAGAGAUGAUAGUGGGAGACCCUUCGUCCUACCAUCUGUCAAAGAGGCUGAAUCACUUUUGUUGGCGAAAAAUUUGAAUAAAGAAUAUGCUCCAAUCAGUGGCAUCCCCCAAUUUUGCGAUCUGUCCAUUAAGCUCGCACUUACUGAUCAGUCUUCACGAAUCAAAAAUCGCUGUAACGCUACAACUCAGACAAUAUCUGGUACAGGAGCCCUUAGAAUCGGUGGAUCUUUUAUCAAUGAAUUUGCGGAACAAAAACAUAUAUGGAUGCCAACACCUACUUGGGGCAACCAUAAGCCUAUUUUCACACAUAGUGGACUAAAUGUACACCAAUAUCGUUAUUACAAUAGUAAUACUUGUGGUCUCGAUAUAGAUGGUUGUUUAUCCGAUUUAUCAAAAAUUCCCAAAGGACAUUUUGUUCUACUUCAUGCAUGCGCACAUAAUCCUACUGGAGUAGAUCCGUCAUUUGAUCAAUGGCAGAAAAUUGGAGAGAUUUUGCAAUCACGUGGUUUGAUUCCAUUUUUCGACUGUGCUUAUCAAGGAUUUGCCUCCGGCAAUAUUGAUAAUGAUGCAAAAGCAAUACGUUAUUUUACCGAUGAAUUAAAUUUCCCCACCUUAUUACUUACACAAAGUUUCGCUAAGAACAUGGGACUAUAUGGUGAACGUGUUGGUGCUUUCACUUUACUUUGCUCAUCUCCUGAUGAAGCCGAACGUUGUUUGUCACAAAUUAAGAUUAUUAUUCGACCAAUGUAUAGUAAUCCACCGAUUCAUGGCGCACGUAUUGCAACGGAAUUAAUGUCUAAUCCUGAUUUACGUCAAAAGUGGCUCAUUGAUUUGAAAACUAUGGCUGAUCGUAUUAUUACAAUGCGUCAGAGUUUAAGAAAUAGUUUGACCAAAGCAGGAUCUCAUCAUGAUUGGUCACAUAUCACUAAUCAAAUUGGAAUGUUUUGCUAUUCUGGGCUUAAUCCAUCACAGGUUGAAAAGCUAACUAAUGAAUAUUCUAUUUAUUUAACUAAAGAUGGACGUAUUAGUAUUGCUGGCUUAUCAUCUAAAAAUGUCGACUACUUAGCUCAUGCUAUACACCAAGUUACUAAAUAAUAACAAGUGUUUUUUCUUUCUGCUUGCUAAUUUAUAUACAAUAUGAUGGAUUUAUUUCAGUAAUGUUUCAACGUUCUAUUUUUAUUCAUUCCUGAUUGUUCUGUGUAUGAAUGGUAAUAUGUACCAUUAUCACACAUAUUUUUACUUGCCUGAUCAUGUUUUUUGGUUUUAAAUAUACGUGAUCACUUUAUUGUAAACGAUCAGUGUAAACCACUUACAAAUAAUUGUGAUUCAUUUUCUUCUGUCUGUACUUCCUAUGUCGGGUUGAGGUUUGUUGCUCUUUUACAGCUACAUUCCUAAAAUAUGUGAAAAAGUUGACGGUAUCGUUUCAUACAUUUGGUCCCCUUUAUCAUCUUGAAUAGGCCAUAAACCAAGAAUUGAGCUCAAUUUUUUGUUCUUGCUUGCUUAUUAUCAUUGUAUUUAAAAAUUUUAAAUUUCAAAGGAUAUAGGUUUUAAGUCAAAAUCAAUUUACGAGUACUGAAUGAUUAAGGCCUAACGAUCACCCACCACGGCGCAGGAUGUUGACUAGUGUAGUAGGUUGGAAGAAAGCUAGGAGCGGGGAAAUCAAAACAUGAAAUCAAUCUAUGAAGUCACUGACUGAGCCAUUUACGCAAGUUCGGACUACUUGGUUGGGGUUCCGCUUGAUAACUACGAUUAUUGGUUGAAGACUUUGAAUGAAAACAUGACUCAGAAUUAAUCCCAACAGCGCUGAUCCAUGUAUACUUUAUCUUUAUUUCCAGUAUUUCUUCAUCCAUGUCGUUUCCAUUGUUUUCUCAAAUUGUAUUUUCAAUAUUUAGUCUUUCUCGCUAUCAUUAUUUCUACUCCUUUUCAUAUUCGUCACGUCAAUAUGGUUAUGGUAAGGAAAUUGAGCUUACACAUAUUUGUGCCAGGCUUUAUGUCGAUUAUGAAUAACCGACUGGUUUCUUGAUCUGUAACUUUUAAAAAGUAUAUAUGUGACAAAAGAUGUAGAACAUAAAAAGCUUUUCAUUUAGUGGGUUUGUAGGUCCUUAAUAUUUAUCAACAUGUUCACUAAAUAUAACAAUGUAGUUAAUUCUAGUCGUUAAGAAUGUUUAAAUCCUCAAAAUUAGUUAAUAAUUAUUUGCUAUUUACUUACAAUAAUGUAUCGAGUUGGAUCAUAGCGUAACUUAUUGUUUUGAUCGUAUGUAUGCAGUAGAGCGAUGGCUCUAUAAUAAGACAUUGAUUAAGUGGUAGUGAUGUGAAAGUUUUUUCCCUAACUUGUCUAUCACCAAUUCAUUCUCCAGUUUUAUCAUAUCUAACUUUUCACUCAUCACUGUGCCAUUCAUUCCAAGUUCCAGUAAAUCAAUUUGAUGCACCAUUAUUUUGUUUCAUCCAAUCAUUACAUACAAAAUUACUUUCUAUUCUUCAGUAAUUAGUUGAGUUACUGACCAUGUCGUCUAGUGAUACUCUUUAUACCGUCAAUUAAACAUAUUGUGCAUGUAAUAGUUAACAUAUCCCCAAAUGGAGUUUGUUUGCGUCUUGAUAAUCGUUUAUAGGGUUAACACGUUAGCAAAUACCGUAAUACAGACCGGUCUAUGAUCAUCAUAUGGAUAAUGUGGUUUAGACUGAUGCAAUGAUGUGCUUUUUAGAGUUUUCUUGAUUGACCUUAAUAAAAAAUUAUGACAUUUGAUUAUGGCUUUUGGGUGACAUGUUUUUCAGUUUGAGAACUGAAAUGAUUGCCAAAACCAUCAGUAAGUUCAUACGGUUUUGUGUAUUAUCAUUGAGUGCCUAUCAGAUUUCCAACUGACACCAAAUAUAACAAUGCUUACCACAUAUCAUACCUCCAAUUAAUGUUUACAAACUACACAUUAAUGAAAUUCUUAUUAUCUACUUUUCAAACGUUGAGCAACUGAAACAAUUCCACCUUAAAUCAAAUUUGGCUUUAACUUCAAAAAUAACACAAUUACGGGAUAGAAUUUCAAGCGUUAGUUUUCGAUUGUUGUCAUAUUUACCCAAUAGCAACUCAAUAAGCUUUUUCUAUUACCGCAAAAGUUCAUUCAUUAUUGCUGAUAAGAUAAUCCCAGUCAAAAUAAUAUGCAUCGUGGGAACAUUGGUACAUAACAUGAGAAUAGACACACUCGCCCGAAUGUUUAAUAAAAACUUAGAUAUCAAUAACACAAAAGUGUACUAAUAUUAAAAAAUCAGAGUAGGAAAAAGUCUGUUUAUAAUGAAUUAGUCCUGUCAAGUGGUUGAAUGUAGUCGGCAGGAAACUGCUUAGUUUAUAUUCCAUACCAGUUGGCACUCGUCAGGAAAGCGCAUCUUUAAUUUCACACGAACUGAUUCUCCCAGUGAGAUCUGCACACGGGUCACGAAGUUCUACAAUCAAUAAAUGUUACCAGCGAGUCAUUUUUGUCGCGCCCAAACAUCAGUAUGUUUCACGCAAUGUUGCAUCAGACUAGUGCAUCAACACAACAACUUGUUCAAUAGGAUUUAAUUAGCACUAUUGGAUUAGACAAACAUAACAUUGGCCAUUACUCAAUGACUAAUACUAUUAUUAGAUUAGCCCAUCAUAUGUGAUGCGUUCGGUUGUCUCUUUUCACUCACUGACAAAUUGUAGCUUAGAUUGUCUAGAUAAAUUACACUUAAAUCCCACGAAGUUGUGUAAUCGUAUUACCGAUAAACAUUCUUUGAAAGAUCAAAACAACUGUUUGGUUGACUUUACUGUGGUGAAUAAAAGACCAACAUUGUGAAGUUGAUGAACAAAAAAUCUGU